CGAAAAUUUCUGCCGCUUAUAUCAGUAAGCUGUUUGUCACUCUGAACUUAAUAAACUACAACACGAAUGAUGGACGAAGCUGACCCUUUACACCUGUGGCCUUUGGAUAACAGCAGCUUCACAAAAGAGAGCACACCGUCAAAUCAGGUGAUGACUCUGAAAGCCUUCAGUGUGCAGAAAAUAGUGCAGAUGAUGCAGAUGGUGGUCCAGAAGAGCUGCAGGAGAGCCUGUCAGCUGUUCUGCUGGCCCUCAGACACUCCGCUGUGUGAGAAGAUCAAAUGCUCGCGAGCUCAAAAUCAUCAGCCUACAGAUGAUACAUCUACACAAGUGGCGCUCCUGAAUCCGCCGUCAACCAUUUUGAUUGUGAACAUUAGCAACUCAACUCUGAUCGACUGCGUCAUCGGCAAUGACACCUACCCAUCUGCCGUGACUGAAAGUCAGCCCCUGAUGCAGGAAUCUGAGCUCCGGAAGCACGAUCAGACGAGGUGCAGCUGCAGCCACACACAGCAGGGGGCAGGACAGGCCUCUGCUCUUCCUCCUCCUCUUCCUCCAUCAGCCGAGCCUCCGAGCAUCAGCAUCAGUCAAUCCCAUCUCAACUGUGUCAUCAUCGGCGACAACAACUACAUGCACGCUGAUCAGACCCUUUUCGACCAGACAGAAGAGCCAGAGGUGUGAAGCUUUGGCCUCACACAGCGUACACACACACACACACACACUACACACUCUAACGACGCAGUCAUCUCCGGCAGGAUCGCAAUGAAUUAUGAUCAAAAAUGUUCAAACCUCAGAUGACUUUCGUCUCCUUUCCCAUCUUUUCGGGCCACAUCGAACAAUUAUAUUAUUUGGUGAUAAUCUGUUGUUUACUUUCUAGACAAAUAAUUCUUAGUUUGUUCUUCAAAACACCAGAAAAUAUUCAUAUAUUCAAUGAUAUUAGGUCUAAUAUCAUAUAUGUUAAAAAUAUACAUAAUACAGAACACCACAAAUGUUUCUAUUUAAGAAGAUGGAAGCAGAGAAUAUUUGAGUUUUUUGCUUUAAAAAAUCAUUUAAAUUAUUACCAAUUACUGCUCGAUCAACUAAUGCAUUAACGAAGGAUUGUUUCAGCUAUUUAUACAUUUUGACUGACAUCACUCUCGGCCCUGUCAUUUUUGAGAGCACUGACUUCAAAACAUAACUAAAUUGCUCAUGACAGUUCUUUAAGUGUUGAAAGAGUUUCAACACGCAUAAACAAACUGUGUAUCCUAGAAUAUGAUGCAUAUCCUCACUGAAUAUGCUUCCUGUUUUGCAAUGUCGGGUCUUUAGCUCCUCUGUCAGAGGUGAGGACGUAGAACUGGGAGCGGAUGGAAAUUUUACCGCAAUAAUUUCAUACAUGACCUUUUUUAUGAUUAAUCUCUGUGUGGGGAUGUAAUCUCUCUGUGGUUGAUGUGCAGUAGUCUGAUAUCCUCUCCCGGGAAUCUGCCUGUGAAUUGUAUACCGUGUGACUGCAUAAGUGAAGAGUAUUAACAUACUCUGAGUCUGACAGAAAUCCUUAUCAUGUCAUGAUAAAGGUGUUGACUUAUGUUCAACUGUAUGGCCUAUGGUCAUAAACAGUAGACUACUUUGUAGUAUUUAUUGUUAGAGGUCAGUUAGAUUUCUUGUAUUCAUGCUGUACAUAGAAUACUGAAUAAGAGGACUUUGAAUGAAGCUGUUAUUUUGUCUGCUCAUAUGUUUGAUACAUGAUGCUGAUAUGCUCAUUGUUACUUUCACAGUUAUUGUUCCUCUGAAAUAUUUGAUGAGUUUUUGGUUUUGUUGUUGGAUUUUGUUACAUGCUGUAUGUGUGAAAUGACAAAAACA